UCUAUCGCCGACAUGUGGUACAGUGAGAUAGAAAAGUACGACUUCAGGAAGGGAGGGCAUCAACCAGGAACAGGUCACUUCACCCAGGUGGUGUGGAAGGGGAGUCAGGAGUUCGGGGUUGGAGUGGCGACCGACGGGAAAGGCAAAACCAUCGUGGUGGGGAACUACUACCCGCCCGGGAACAUGCUGGGGGACUUCGACGAUAACGUGCUACCUCCGGGAUCGCCAUUGGAUGUCAGAGGGAAAGGAGACGGCAAACCGACCAAUGACAGUGAUCGACACAGGCCAGGCGGACACUCGCCGAGUUUGAACGGGCCCGGGUCCGGGGACAGGGCACCACAUACUUGCGAUGCCGGUUCAGACGAGUUCCUGGAUGACGCUCUGCGGACACACAACUCCUACCGGGCCAAUCACGGAGCGCCUCCUCUCAAGAUCAGUGCCAAGCUGUGCGAGCAUGCGCAGAAGUGGGCUCAGCAUCUGGUGAAGUCCAACACGCUGGGACACAGCUCCACGCGAGAGUACGGGGAGAACGUGGGGAUGAAAUGGAGCUCCAACAACACACCCGUGUCUGCCCAGUCCGUUGUGGAGAUGUGGUACAAUGAGUCCGAGAAAUACAACUUCAGGAAGGGAGGACACCAACCGGGAACCGGCCAUUUCACCCAGGUGGUGUGGAAGGGGAGCCGUGAGCUCGGAAUCGGGCGCGUGAACGAUGGGAAGGGGAAAACCAUCGUCGUGGCUAACUACUUUCCGGCGGGGAACAUGCUGGGAGACUUCGACAACAACGUGCUACCUCCGGGGUCACCAGUGAAAGACGACAAACCCACACGACCUUCCAACAAAGACCCGGACAGACCUAGUCGCAAGGACAAACCGCACAAACCGAACCGAAAAGGAUCACGGUCAUCAUCUUCAUCCUCUUCUUCUUCGUCUUCUUCGUCCUCCUCUUCGUCAUCAGACUCAUCAUCAGAUGAAGAAAAUAUCCGUGAGGAUUUUGUGGAAGAGUGUGUGAAAGUUCACAACGAGUACAGACGUCUGCACGGAGUCAAGCGUUUAAAGCCAAAGAAAAGACUCUCCAAGCAUGCGCAGAGGUGGGCUGACAAACUGGCCAGGACCGGUAAAUUCGAGCACAGUGGGAAGGACGACUACGGCGAGAACAUCGGCAUGAAGUGGAGCUCUAAGGAAGAAAUGGCGUCAGCAAGGGACAUCGUUGACAUGUGGUACGAGGAAAUUCAGAAGUACAACUUUAACCGAGGAGGACAUCAGCCGGGGACAGGCCACUUCACCCAGGUAGUGUGGAAGGGAAGUCGGAAGCUCGGAGUGGGUGUGGCUAAGGACGGCAAGGGGACAACCAUCGUGGUGGCCAACUACUUCCCCGCCGGUAACUUCCUCGGCAAGUUCGACGAAAACGUCACUAUGCCUGCCGGCACGACGACAAGGAAACCGUCGGACUCGAAGCAAGAUGAGCAAUCCAGGCGCCCCCUGGCGUCACACAAAGGUAAUACAGACGACAGGAAGCGCCCGUCGACAGGGAGUGCCGGGGUUAAGGCUCCAUCUCGUGGCAAUGGUGGUGGUGGUGUUGGUGGUGGUGGUCGGGAAAACAAACCUAGACCUGUGCGGGAUUCGCUCGGUGGAGGGAAACCGUUUGGCGCAACCGGAGCUAGAGUUAGCUCGUGUGGUGAAGGUGUGAAAAGAGACUUCCCCGAGGACUGUUUGGAGGCUCACAAUGAGUACCGCGCCCGGCACGGCGCCCCUGCCCUGAUCAUGAGCUCCACGCUGUGUCUGCAGGCCAGGAUGUGGGCAGACAAACUGGUCAGGUCCAAUACACUAGAGUAUAGUCCCAAGGACCAGUAUGGACAAAACAUCGGCAAGAUGAUCAGCUCAGGAAACGGAGAACUCUCAGGGAAGGCUGUGGUGACAAGGGUAUGAAGAAGUGAAAAAGUCGACUAUAGAAAAGAAGGCAACCAGCCCGGUACAGGCCACUUCACUCAGAUGGUAUGGCGAGCUUCCCGUGAGUUUGGGAUAGGGAAGGCGACGGACGGUAGAGGCACGUCGGUCGUGGUCGGGUACUACUACCCCGCCGGAAACUUCGUCGGCGAGUUUGCGGACAACGUACUUCCCGAACAACGUUGACAUUUUGAACAAGCAUUAUUUCUUAGAUCGCGGAGUUUAAAGAUUUGAGAACUGAAUAAUUGUUGUAGGAAAUCAAUUCGUUUUAUCUUUAUUGUAUUUCCUUGCAACAGAAGAUUAUUUUAAUUUAACGACAUGGAUUUGUAGCUGGUAUCAAAUAACAGAUGUAUUCCAUGUGACGACACAAUUAUACAUGUUAUGAUGUAUUCGUGUAAAUUUGAGAAAUUGAUUCACCGUUGUCAUCAUAAUGUUGAGAUUUUGCAUAUAUAUCUAUUGUUCGGAAUUCGUAGCUGGUAUAUGUAUCAAAUAAGGUUAGUCUAAUAGAUAUAUUCCAUGUACGCCACAUUUAUACAUGGUAUGAUGUAUUCGUGUAAAUUUGAAGAAUUGAUUCGCCGAUAUUAUCAUUAUGUGGAAAUUGUGCAUAGAUAUAUCUAUUGUUCAGGAUUUGUAGCUGGUAUAUGUAUCAAAUAGCAUUAGAUAUAUAUUCCAUGUACGACACAGUUAUACAUGUUAUGAUGAAUUGUAAAUUUUAGCAAUUAAGUCGCCGUUGUUAUCAUAUAAUGUCGAAAUUGUGCAUAUAUUUCUGUUGUCCAGGUUGUAUAAUAAGCCACAAAUGAAACUUUCUGAGUCAAUCUUCAUUGCAAAGUUGAUUAUACUUUUUCCCUUGGAACAACA